AGAGAGGUGGGACUCUGCUGCUUCUGAUGUACGACAAGGUGACCAUGAUCAACCUGCAGGACGGAUCCAACUGGACUGGACCCAACCACUGGUACCAGGACCCAUCAGCGCUUCGUCCCCACCACGGCCCAGGAGCCUCGGACGGCUGCCUGCUGGACGAGGACAGCGGGCCGCCCAGCGCGAGAGGGCCGGGGAGAGGAGGGGAGAAGGAGGAGAGAGGAGGCUCCCCGCUCCGGCUGCAGCUGAAGAGGAAGCUGCAGAGGAACAGAACCAGCUUCACCCAGGAGCAGAUAGAGGCUCUGGAGAAAGAGUUCGAGAGGACCCACUACCCCGAUGUCUUCGCCAGGGAGCGGCUGGCCAACAAGAUCGACCUCCCAGAGGCGAGGAUACAGGUGUGGUUCUCCAACCGCAGAGCCAAGUGGAGGCGGGAGGAAAAGCUCCGCAGUCAGAAGAGGGCAGGUAGCAUCACAUCCUGUUCUCAGAGCCAAGCCCCUCUGACCACUUCCUUCAACACGCCCGUUUACCACCAGCAGCACACAAACAACACAGGGCCCAUGUUGAGUCAGGCUGACUCAUCUCUGUCCAGUUACUCUUCUUUGUCUGUUUUCUCCUCUGCAGUUCAGUCCCUUCCCUCCCCAGCCGUCUCCUCCUAUUCCUGCAUGCUCCCCUCUCCCCCCCGCUCCUUCGACUCCCUCUACACCUCCUCCCACAUGCAGCCGUCCUCAGCCAACACCAAUACAGGGCUUAUAUCCCCGGGGGUCUCGGUACCGGUGCAGGUCCCGGGUUCGGACCCCCAGGGUCUGGGUCAGGAUCUGGGUCAGUACUGGGCUCGGCUGCAGUGAGUCUCCUGAGCCACACAGGGGCGAGGUUAUGCACGUGUGGACGUGCAGGGCUCAUGGCCACGAGAAUGAGGAAGUGAGGAAUCGAGCUACAGUUCAGAGAUCCACAUUCAAAGUUUACAUGUAGGGAGAGGUCUGGUUCACCCUUAUCGACCCUGGCCUGGUCCAUACCCUGGUCAUUACCCUGGUCCAUACCCUGGUCAUUAUCCUGGUCCAUACCCGGGUCAUUACCCUGGUCAUUACCCUGCUCAUUACCCUGGUCCGUACCCUGGUCCGUACCCUGGUCAUUACCCUGCUCAUUACCCUGGUCGAUACCCUGGUCCAUACCCUGCUCAUUACCCUGGUCCAUACCCUGGUCCGUACCCUGGUCCACACCCUGCUCAUUACCCUGGUCAUUAUCCUGGUCCAUUCCCUGUUCCAUACCCAGGUCAUUACCCUGGUCCAUACCCUGGUCAUUAACCAGGUCCAUAGCCUGGUCAUUACCCUGGUCUAUACCCUGCUCAUUGCCCUUCUCUUUACCCUGAUCAUUACCCUGGUCAUUACCCUGGUCAUUACCCUGGCCCAUACCCUGGGCCAUACCCUGGUCAUCAUUA